AUGGCGACGGCUUUGUUCAACACGACCAGAAUCUCUAACCGCUACCACCACCACUCAAUUCUCCCGCCGUUCUCCCCACGGUUUCACUUCCGCCGUCAAAAUAUCUCCUUACUCGUAACUUCUCGCCGCUUACGCCGUCUCGCCGUCGUUGGAGGCCCUCCAUCUCCUCCAAGUCCUGAUCCCCCUCCACCUGAAAACACCACUCAGCUUGAAGGUGUUGUGGGAGAUGUGACAAAGAUUGAAGACCGCGUAAAGAUCUUCAUGGCGGUGUUGUUUUGGAUGUCUCUCUUCUUCUGGGUUACAGUUGUCGAUGGGAUGGGUAAAGGCAAAGGGAAGAAGGGUUCUCGUUUCAACUUCUCCCACAAGGUUUUCUGUUGCAACAACAAAAAAGGUACAGAUGAUGAAACUGUAUCUGUUGAGCUAACAGCACCUUCUUCAUGGAAGAAAUUGAUAAAGAAGCGAGGUCGAACUAAAUCUUCAGUGUUAAAGAAAGAUACAGAAGAAGUUGAGAAACCAGAGGGAGGAGUUGAAUACUCUCAUGUGCAAGAAGAAGAUACUGAAAUGAAUCAUCCAAAGGAAAAGGAGAAUGCCUCUGCUGAAACUGAGAAGGAUGCAAAAGACAACAUGGUUGCAGAGGAGAAUACUAAUCCUGCUCCAGCCCAAGAAUCUGGUGAAUCCAUGAAAGAUCAUGUUGAAGAUAGAGGGAAGGAGAGAGUGGAGUCUCAGACUGACAAACAAGAGGUUCAAAAGAAACCAGUUGAUGCAAAGACCAAGACUGUUAAAGCUAAUGUUGUGGAGGGAACGGUAGUAGCAGAAGCUGCUGAACAGCUUCUAUUAGCUUAA